AUGAUCUUCAGUUACAGAGGUAUAGAAUUUUCUGAUAGCUUUCUCCCCGGCUGAGUAAAGACAGCAAUACAUACACAGGAUCUCAUGAAUGUCCCGGUCAUCCGCUAGAUAAGGAACUGUCUCAUUCGGUGCUAACAGCAAUUGUGUUUUGCUUCAAGAAGAAAAGCUCGACCAUGUUUUUCUCCUUGGUUGUUGUCUCGCUGCUUCUUGUCUCAGGCAGUGCUGCUGACGAUGUUGAUCCCGAUAAUGAAGGAGAGGACGAGAUGGAGCUUGCUGUGAAAUAUCUGACUGACUACCACUACAUAUCACCAUCCAAAUCGGGAAACCACGACGUUGGUGAAGCAGUUAAGAAGUUUCAGAACUAUUUCCAUCUGCCAGAGACAGGAGAAGUGGACGAAGAGACGUUGAACGCCAUGAAGAAACCACGCUGUGGAGACCCGGACGUUGAAGAGGAAGCAAGUCGCUUCAAACGAUAUGAUGCUGUGAGGUCUUGGUCCAAGACAAGUUUCACGUAUUAUAUCAAAUAUUCUGGUCAAGACUUGUCNACUUCCCAAUUCUUGCAGAAAUAUCUGACUGAGUACCACUACAUAUCACCAUCCAAAUCAGGAAACCAUGACGUUGGUGAAGCAGUUAAGAAGUUUCAGAACUAUUUUCAUCUGCCAGAGACAGGAGAAGUGGACGAAGACACGUUGAACGUUAUGAAGAAACCGCGCUGUGGAGACCCGGACGUUGAAGAAGAAGCAAGUCGCUUUAAACGAUUUGAUGCUGUGAGGUCUUGGUCCAAGACAAGUUUCACGUAUUAUAUCAAAUAUUCUGGUCAAGACUUGUCAGAGUCAGAUCAGCAGAAGGCCAUCUCUCAAGCGUUUCAGAAAUGGAAAGAUGCCUGUAAUGCGCUUACCUUUACUCGAACAACUGACCCUAGCAGCCCUGACUUUAAGAUCAGGUUAGAGUAAAACUUUUAUCUUCUUAUUUUUGU